AUGGAGGACGCCUACACUCACGCUCUUGCACAUCUACCCACGCGCUUACACACCUACAACGUCACCACAAUUGAGGACGGUAUCGACGACGACGAGCGAUGCCUUCUCUGCUGGCGCAGUUUCAACGAAGAUGAGGACAGUGACCCUCACGAACGACCUUGCAAGCCCAUACGCCUCGAACCAUGUGGUCAUAUCAUUGGCGAUCAGUGUCUGCAGCGUUUGAUCGAACACGGCAUCCGCAAAUGUCAGCUGUGUAUGAGCCCUAUCCGUCUCCUAGCCCGCGCAAACCUCCCUUCCUGGUUGAUGAUUCUGGCAGAUCUCCACCUGUAUAGCAAGUUCAACGCAGCAUGCACAAAAGAGGUCGUACGUACGGAUCAUGCACAGUCGCUCGCACAACAUCAUAAAGAACUUCUCGAUGAGACAAUCAGCGCCAAAUAUGCCUUGUGGCUCUGGCUUAUCAACAUGUGGGGCCUGGUCAUGUUGGCUUUACCCGAGCUCGCAUUCGCCGUACUGUUCGCCUAUGGCAGGCAGAUAGUGACAUUCGAACUCUGCCACUUGUCGGUUCUAGUGCCCAAGUCAGGAGCGUUUGGAUGGCACAGCUUUUGGAUACGUGUGGAAUUUGUUGCAGAUAUAUGCGGACGGUCUUGGCCCCAGGAGUUCGCGGUGCUACUCAUCCAUCUCAUCGUCCUUCUUCUUGCGAUGUGGAAGUGGGGUCCAGAGCGUGUUCGCCAUGAGUUCGCGCGUCGUUUUCGUAUCCGUACUGCGCUUAUCGGACCUUCAGUAUUGCGUAAGGUCAUUGGGCAGAAAGCGUCUCUCCUGAUCCUCUCGGGGCUGGGCUUCUCUGUAUUGAUGUACGUGGCAAUCACAGCAUUGCUGAUCUGGUACGUCAAAGCAGCCGUGCGGACCCGCACAACGACACGUCCCAAGUCGGACUGA